AUCUCUCAACUGGUCCCAUCUCAUUCAGAACAUGAUUCAGAUGCAGAUUCAUCAACAUAUAUCAAAUUUGUGAAUUUUUAUCUGUACAAAAAAGGAUUACUCUUAAUUUUCAUCAGCAAAUCAAUCAUAAGAAUGAAUUUCAUCGUGAAAAUAUUCAUAUUUUCACUCUGUACUGUCUGUAUAUAUUCAUCCACUCCAAAAUACUCAACGCCAGUAGGAAAAGUUCAAAUACAAACAAGCUCAACCACAGUUGGAAAGACAGCAGCGCCACCUUCCCCAACAAAUGUGCACAAAAAGUAUGUCGACUUUGAUCUGAAGUCGCAAAGUAGUCGCUACUCAAAUGAGGAUCCAUUUCUUUAUCACUACGGACACCAUCACGGACAUCAUGGACACCAUGACCAUGGGCAUCAUAAGAGUUACGAGCAUUUAUACCCAUAUGAAAGUUAUGACUACUACGGAAAAGACUACGGGAUCGGUCAUUUCUUGCCGUAUGUUAUCGGUGGAAUUGCACUCCUCCUCCUGCCAAUGUUGUCAUUGCUGUUAACUCUAGCAGUAAAUGUAGCACCUGGUAGUGCUAUUCCAACUGCAGUAACUACUGCAACUGGAAAAUUAUUAAAAUCUUUAAACUCAACAGAUGCUCUUAAUGAAAUAUGGACUACAUUAGACUCUGCUAUAUCCAAAUAUGGACGCCGACUUCUGGAGGACGAAUAGGAGAAGAGACUUGGGUGGUUCAGAACAUUAAAUAAAUUUAAA